AUGUCGUUCGCUGCUCAUGUCGGACUUUUUGCUGGUGGCAUUUUGCUAGGAGCUGGAGGUGCUACGCUUGUAUCUAAGCGCUUGGCAUCGUCAUCGUCUGUGCCAUCCGUUGAGCCAGUGAUACCCGAAAAGCAAGCACCUCUGCAGAAGGCUGUCGUGAAGCCUACAUCUGAUGCCUUGCAAAAGUCUGGUCAUCCGGGCCCGAUCGCUGAUUUUCUGCGUAGUCAAGCGUAUGUGACUGCGUACGACAGACGGUUGCGCCAUCCCGUGUGGACUGCUGAGCACUUGACCUCUGAAUCGAUUCGCAGACCGCCUGGUGCUGAGGUGAACCGCGCCAUGUCAGUCUUUACCGAGGACGAGCGUAUACCUAUGCCUUUCCGCUCGACGAAUAGCGACUAUUUUGGCUCGGGAUACGACCGCGGACACAUGGUCCCAGCAGCUGAUGCCAAGUCAAGCCAAGCGGCGAUGAACGAAACGUUCCUGCUGACCAACAUUGCCCCUCAAGUCGGUCCAGGUAUGAACCGCGACUAUUGGGCACACACGGAAGAUUUUGUUCGUCGGCUUACGUCGCAAUUUAGUGAUCUCUAUGUAUUUACGGUGCCACUGUAUCUUCCGCGACAGUCGUCCGAUGGAAAGUGGCGUGUGACGUAUGAAGUGAUCGGUACGCCUCCAAAAGUAUCGGUGCCCACGCACUUUGCCAAGGUAAUUUUGGGAACGGGCCAUCUGUCGUCAGGUCCCAGCAUGGUAGGCUUGGGACAGAGCGGCAUGGCGCUGGGAGCCUUUAUCAUGCCCAACAGUAUGAUCCCCAACUCGGCCCCUCUUCGCAGCUUUGAAGUGGACGUAUCAGCUGUGGAAUCGGCCGCGGGACUGACGCUCUUCUCGCCUGCGAUCAAGUCUGCGGCUAAGAAGUUGUGUGAUACGGUCCAAUGUGAGAUUAUCGUGCGGGACUUUUCGCAGGCGAAUAAGAACUUGCCGGCCAAGUCAUCACCGCCGCUGCUCACAAAGUAG